GGUGGAUGCAGGUCCCCCUCCUCCCCCUAUGUGCUCAGGACAAAAGAUGCUUGUGGUCCCACAGGGAGGAGUUGUGUGUGCUCACUGAUGCUCCAGGCUGCCUUUAUAAGCAGCCUGCAGGGGUGAGGGACUUUCUUCCAUCAUCCCAGUGCAGCUGGUACCCUGUGGUCCUCAGACAUCUCACAGACAGACUCCCAGCAGAACCCCAGCCACCAUGAGUCACUCAGGUAUGAGAAGCUCCUCCACCUCCUACCGCAGGACAUUUGGGGCUCCAGUCCUUUCCCCGCUGUCCUAUUCCUCCUCUUCCAGACUCUCAACUUCCAGACAUUUGGGCAGCCCAUCCCCGGGUCCCUCCAGCCGAUCCUCAGCCUACCGGGUGAGGUCCAGCACCCCAAUCCGUGUGUCUGUGGACCGGGUGGACUUCUCUGUGGCUGACGCCAUCAACCAGGAGUUCCUGACUACCCGCAGCAAUGAGAAAGCCGAGAUGCAGGAGCUCAAUGAUCGCUUCGCCAGCUUCAUUGAGAAGGUUCGCUACCUGGAGCAGCAGAAUGCCGUGCUGGUCACCGAGAUCAACCAGGCCAGGUCCAAGGAGCCCACCCGGGCUGCUGAUCUGUGCCAGCAGGAGCUCAGGGAGCUGAGGAGACAGCUGGACCUCCUGGCCAAGGACAGAGACAACAUCCAGGUGGACAGAGACAACUUGGCCGAGGACCUGUCUUUCCUGAAACAAAGGUGAGGGGGGCUGGGUCACUCAAUUAGUCAUAAAAUACGGGGGGUGAGGGGGGAGGUAACAUGUACUAAAACACGUGUCUGGCUCUGCCAUGUGGGCAUGGUACCAUUUAUUAUCAGGGGAGUGCCUGGGUCUGCUGCUGCUCCUAGUAAUUUAGGAGAGAGGAACUCUCUGCUGCCCCCCUUGUCAUCAUGGUGCUUUCUGUAAAAGAAUUUUAGGACUGGGAUAACUAGAAAGGGAUAUUGAUCUAGUUAUAAAAACAACAGGUGUUAUUCUGGAACAAAGUUCUACAAAAUGAGCAAUCAUCAUGCAAAGCAAUACAAUGACUCUCAGCAUUUAGCAUCCUGAGUAUCACUUGUGUUGUUGCCUUGAUAAAUCCCAGAUUUUAUGUUAUAGUAUGUAAAUGUUCAUCCACUGCCUAAGGACCCCUUAUACAUGCAGGUGAUGCUGUGUUUUUGGUAUCCUGUUACAAAAAGAAAUUAGGCUUGCACUUCAUUACAAUGUGGUCAUCUAAACAAGUGUAUUAUUGACCCUAAACCAGACUGCAGUAACAAGUUGGUAAUCAAUUCUGAUUUCAUAUGCCAGUCAUACUCAGGGCCACACCCACCUGGCUAAGCUUUCAUAAAAUAUACAGUAGGUAAAAUAAAGAGAUGGUAUUUUAACGUGUAUUUCAAACAUGUAUGUGAGUUGUUUAGAAAUAUGUUUUAUUACUUUAGUUAGCUACUUUUGUUCUUACUGUAGUAGGGACAGUGUUUAUGUUGCUUAUUCAUUGCCACAAUGGUUGUUAGUGUUGACUAUUUGUGUGCUAGAGUAAUGUGCAGAGCAGUGUUUUACGCACAUUUGUGACAGCCUUUACUUAUACAGACACAGCCUUGAUUCUUAACAUGUACAUAGCUGGGAUGAUAACAGUGGUCAGUAACAUGUACAUAGCUGGGAUGAUAGCAGUGGUCAGUAACAUGUUAACAAGUACAUAGCUGGGAUGAUAACAGUGGUCAGUAACAUGUACAUAGCUGGGAUGAUAGCAGUGGUCAGUAACAUGUUAACAUGUGUAUAGCUGGGAUGAUAGCAGUGGUCAGUAACAUGUUAACAUGUGUAUAGCUGGGAUGAUAGCAGUGGUCAGUAACAUGUUAACAUGUGUAUAGCUGCGAUGAUAGCAGUGGUCAAUGUGUGCUGCUGAAGUUUCCAAGUUUUUCAUGAGAAAGUCCAUACAGCAAACGAAUGAACACAAAGGGCAAUUAGAUCCAGUGAGAGAGACAGAAGGAUAAUAGGGUCUACAAUGGCAGCAUUCCAGGCCAUCACUUCUGUUCUCAGUCUUUUGUCAAGUUGCCAUAGGAUAUACAGAAUACAUCAUUAGACUAAUGCUCAUUAGCACCAGGGACAUGCUGUGUGCACCACUGGGAGUGAAAGUGUCAUAGAACAAGCUCCCAAUGGUAUACUGAAAUACUGCCCAAGUAAAAGCUGUCAAUUUCCAACAAGAUAUUAGAUGGACAAGACAGCUUUGAUCUUCAUUGUCUGACUGGACAACACAGAUUAUUGGGUUAUUAUUAGACAAUGUGACGUGAGCAUUGAAUCAACAAGUUGCAAUAUUUAUACCAAAAUUUCAUAAGUGGAAAAAUAUUUGAAGUUAUAUUUUGAUAUACUUUUUUUAUACUAUAAUAUAGUUUUGUAUACUUCUAUGUGUUAAAACGGGAACUGGUGACAAUAAACCAUGUUAGUACAGCAUUUCUAAACUGGAUACAUAGCUACAUGAGAUACAUUUUGCCAUUUUGCUAUUAUUGCCUAAAAUUUGAAAUAAACUUGUAAGUUUUUCAUAACCUCCAUUUUAGUGAAUAAAUCUCAGCUGAAUAGUAAAGUUUUUGCAACUGUGAUAUUUUGUUGUAUAUUUUGCAAGUUUGUAAUCAAUUCACCACAGUUUAAUUUUUCAAUGAAGAAAAACUCUUGACUUUCGGUAACAUCCAUGCUUAUACACCCAUAGCUAAGUGUUACCCGUGCAGUUGUCUAGAGGACUUUAGUUACAGGUGUUGACAUUUCUACCAGUUAUGUGACUAGCAAAACAACAGUGUAUUCACUAUUCUUAACAAAUUAUAUUUGCCAUGACUUCCAUCAUCCCUAAUUACUAAAAUCAGGACAAUUAAUAGUCAGUUUCCAUCUCCCACAAAGCCUGUGGAUAAUUUAGUGAACAACCUAAAGCAAAAUACAUGGUAUUUUCUAGAAAUAAAAAUGUGUUAGCAGAGAAUUGGGUGAUAUGUACAGGAGAAUGGUAUUCUUCCCCUAUUCUAUUCUAUCUAGGCAUUUGCUGAAACUAACUGGGUGUGGCACUGUUGGAAUAUUUGAGGAUUAAGUGCACACAACAUAGGUGGCACUACCAUCAACGAAGAUGUUAACGGAGAGUAGAGUAGCACAGAUUUGUAUAACUUUACUGUAUUUUCUUUACUUUUUUUAAUAGGGAUUCAAAUUACAAAUACAGCAUUGGAGACCCAUUCUUCAUUCCAUCAUUCCCCCCUCAUAAAAUGAGUUCAGUAAUCGAUUAAUGAAAUGAAUACUAAAAUAAAUUCUAAAAAAGUAUUUUUUUUAACAUUCUUUUCUCUGUUGAAGCUGAAAAAGGGAACAUAGAAAUAUACUGAAAUAACGUGAUUUAGAACCACUGGUAUAAUGUAUGUAAUAGUAAAUAAAAAUGUAAAUAUGUAUAAUAUAACUUUAGUUUAAAAAAACAGACAAAUAUGCAAGAGACACACCCUCCUACAUUGUUCCACUUAAAGAAGCACAUUAUAAUAUACAUUUAGACAAGAGCAAAAUAAAUAUUACAUUUUUCACUAUAAAGACUAAUUUUGUUUUUGGUUGCUGCAAUAUACCCUUUGUGCUUUGGAUCAACAAGUGAUAUUUAUUCACAGAUUCACCAUAGGCAUGUGUUUUCCUGUGCAAUGGACACAACCCAUCCAUGUGUAGGGGAUAGAGAAUAUUCCAUUGUAAUAAUUGAUUUCAGGACCAGUUGCUUCUGAGUAAUAAUUCAAUAAACUCUAGACCUGCCUUUUACAUAGGAUGACUUUAGAUAUUGAAUUAUGGAGGAAACAGGAACAAAGACAAAGAUGGUCUCCUUUAUCACCCUACAGGGUGUGUCUGGUAGAUUGAGUUGGAAUAAUAUCUUUUAUGCAGAGCUUUUUAGCCUAAACACGGCGAAUCCAGGUAUUUCAGAUAUUUAUAAGCUAAAUUAACUUUACAAAUUAUAGCAACUUGGAUAAUGAUCAACAGCAUAUCACAUAAAAUAAAUGUGUAAAUAUGAAUAAAAUUCAGCUAUAUUUGCACAAUUUAGCAUGAUAAAUAUUUAUUAAUAAUUACAUUGUACACAUGAAUAACAUAUUAAAGUUACAUUACAUAAGUAGCUAUUAGUUGGUGGUGAAAUCAGCUAAAAUAAUUCCCAUAAAAGCACACCACCCAACACUGCAAGGUAUGAAAUCAUGAGAAGGUGUGGGUGGGAUUAAAGGGGCGAGGCAGUGAUGGCAGUCGUGCCACUCAUGACGUCCAAAAUGGGCAGUCCCGUGCAGAAUGGAGGAGGAGCUGCCAAUAGAAGAGUUGCGUCAGCCUGACAUGUACACAUUCCAGACUGGCUGGCUGCUUCUUUGGAUUACCCUUUUUAGGGAAGACUAUGCUGCUAUAGUCCUCUGCAUUUUGGGACAGUACCUACAAAAACAGUUGUGGGGGCCUUUAAUAGAUCCUGGUCUGGUCACAUCUCUAAAAUAGAAGGGUUCCUCUUUGAAAAUUUGGACGACUGCUAAUUAGCAAAACUCUGUUACAAUGAGAUUGAGGACACAGGCAAACGACAAGAGAGCACAGACACCGUCCUCGCCAGCAGCCAAAAACAAUAUCAAUAAAAAGCAAGUUACCCAGCACAAAACUUGAAGGUGUGUGAUCCUUUAUUUAAGGUGCCAAGCAGGGCCGGACUGGGAAAAAAAUUCGGCCCGGGCAUUUUUCAAUCACAGCGGCCCCCUGAAAAGGGGGCAGGGCCAGAGAGGGUGUGUUUUGUCAUGAAUAAUAACAAGCAUGCCCCCUCUCAAAGUGAGCAUGUUAGGGAUUGCGUGGGUGUAGAGUGAGCGGAUUGUGGUAUGGUAUUGUGUAAAUAGGUCAAUUUCAUUCGUGUUUGUGGUGUAAUAUGUGUGGCUAGGGGCUGUAGAGAGUGUGUGUGUGUAUAGGUGACAAAGUGUGUGUAGGGGUUGUAGAGAGUGUGUUUAUAGAAUGUUGUAUGUGUUUGCUUAAAAGGAAUGUAGUGUGUGCAUGGGGGAUCCAGAGUUUGUAUGUCAGGAAUGUAGUAUGUGUAGGUGGUGCAGUGUGUGUGUGUAGGAGAUCUAGUGUGUAAAUGACCCAGAGUGUGUGUGUUUAUAGAGGAUUCAGAGUGUAUAUUUUAUGUUUGGACGUAUUGUAUGUGUGAGGGGCACGUAUUAUGUGUUGAAUGUAUGUGUGAAGGGUGCAGCAUGUGUGUGUGAGAGGUGCAGUAUGUGUGGGUAAGAGGGGUGCUGUGUGUGUGAGGGUGUUCUUAUCUGCUGUCACAUUCUAUGAUUCUAAUUGUCUUUGUCUGUUAACUCACUGAGGGUUAAUUUAUACUAUAUAUAUAUAUAUAUAUAUAUAUUUAUAUAUGCAGGGCCGGACUGGGCCCAAUCAGAGCGGCCCCCUAAGAAGGGGGCUGGGCCAGAGAGGCUGUGUUUUGUCAUCACUAAUGACAAGCACGCCUCCUCUCAAAGUGAGCAUGUUGGUUCAAUGCGCAGAGCUGCGCUGAAGAGCUCUGGCAUUAGAAAAAGGCCCUGUAUUUGUUCUGCGCAGCGCAAGCAAAUUUAAUAACAUGCUUGCGCUGUGUUUGCUUUUAAAUUGUCUCUGGUGUCUCAACAAGUGGGAUACCAGGGGACAAAAGGGCCAGGAAAGUGUAUGGUGCAUGUGUUUGGAGCCUGCUUGUGGGAUUGCGUGUGUGUAGAGUGUGGUGUGGUAUUGUGUAAAUAGGUCAGUUUCAUUUGUGUUUGUGGUGUAAUAUGUGUGGCUAGGGGCUGUAUAGAGUGUGUGUAUAGGGGGCAUAGUGUUAUAGGGGAUGUAGCGAGUGUGUGCAUACGGGCUGUAGUGUGUGUGUAUAGGUGACAUAGUGUGUGUAGGGGUUGUAGAGAGGGUGUGUUUAGAGAAUGUUGUAUGUGUUUGAUGACAAGGAAUGUAGUGUGUGUGUAGGUGGUGCAGUGUGUGUGUAGGAGAUCUAGUGUGUAAAGGACCCAGAGUGUGUAUAGGAGAUUGUGUGUGUGUAUAGAGGAUUAAGAGUGCAUAUAAGGUAAGGGAUCUAGCGUGUAUCUGGAGCGUAAUGUAUGUAGUGCUGUAGUGUGUGUGUGUGUGUGUGUAUAUACAUACAUAUAUAUAUUUGGACGUAUUGUAUGUGUGAGGGGCGCAGUGUGUGUGUAUGUAAGAGGGGUGCUGUGUGUGAGGGUGUUUUUAUCUGCCGUCACAUUCUAAUUUUCUUUGUCUGUUAACUCACUGAGGGUUAUUUUAUAUUAUAUAAGAGCAGACAUUAGGCUGUUAGUGUAGGACCUGCCAAAGAUGGGGUACAUUGACGUUGUGGCAGGCUUAUGCAAUGUAUGAUCAUAUAAUGUAACUAAACCCCCAUUAUUUUUGCCUAGAUUAGGUGUUUUUAAAAAACAAAUAAAAUCUUUCAACAUUGAAGUUGCUGUUUAGUGGAUAGGUGAGUGCGCUGGAUCUUGUGUAUUGUAUUAUUUGGCCCCCAGCAGCACCCCCAUUUAUGCAUGUUAAGGCAUGUUAAGGUGAGUGCAGCCAACCCCCUCUUGUUUUAUAUAUAUAUAUAUAUAUAUAUAUAUACACAUACAUACACACACAUAUAUAUAUAUAUAUGUGUGUGUGAGCAAGAGUGCUGUCUGUCUGAGGGUGCUAUGUGUGUGUGAGGGUGCUGUGUGCCUGAGUGCGCUGUGUGUGUCUGUGUGUGUCUGGGGGUGCUGUGUGUGUCUGGGGGUGCUGUGUGUUUCUAGGGGUGCUGUCUGUCUGGGGGUGCUGUGUGUGUCUGGGGGUGCUGUGUGUCUGGGGUACUGUGUGUGUCUGGGGGUGCUGUGUGUGUCUGGGGGUGCUGUGUGUGUCUGGGGUGUGUGUGUCUGGGGGUACUGUGUGUGUCUGGGGGUGUGUGUGUGGGGGUGCUGUGUAUGUCUGGGGGUGAUGUGUGUGUCUGGGGGUGAUGUGUGUGUCUGGGGGUGCUGUGUGUGUCUGGGGGUGAUGUGUGUGUCUGGGGGUGCUGUGUGUGUCUGGGGGUGAUGUGUGUGUGUGAGUGUGAUUUUUUAAUUUAAAUUUUUUUUUUUUAUUAAUAAUAAUAAUUUAAAAAAAAGUUAUAUCCCCCCCCCCUUCUUACCUUUAGCCUGGGAGGGGGGGGAACCGUUUUGCCUGGGGCGGGGGGAGCCGUUCUGCCAUGGGAGAGCCAUGCUGCCUGAUCCCUGGUGGUCCUAGUGGUGAGCGUGAACUCGGCAACCGCGGCAACGCUCCGCCGGUCCUCUCCUCCCUCCCUCACACCCCAGCAAGCGGCCGCCUGGAAGUGUCUCUGGGCCGGUAAAGGGAGAUCUUUGAUCUCCCCACCGGCCCAUGGAGGCACACAGCAGGGCCGGCGCUCGGCCCCACGGCCAUCGCGGCCCACCGGGCAUUUGCCCGGUAUGCCCGAUGGCCAGUCCGGGCCUGUAUAUAUGUGUGUGUGUGUGUUUGUGCUGUAUAUGUGUGAGAGUGUGCUGUGUGUGUAUGAGGGUGCUGUGUGUGUGUGUGAGGGUGAUGUGUGUGUCUGAGGGUGCUGUGUGUGUGUCUGAGGGUGAUGUGUGUGUCUGAGGGUGCUGUGUAUGAGAGUGCUGUGUGUGUGUCUGAGGGUGCUGUGUGUGUGUCUGAGGGUAAUGUGUGUGUGUAUGAGAGUGCUGUGUGUGUACCUGAAGGUGCUGUGUGUGUCUGAGGGUGAUGUGUGUGUGUCUGAGGGUGAGGUGUGUGUCUGAGGGUGAUGUGUGUGUAUGAGGGUGCUGUGUGUAUGAGGGUGCCAUGUGUCUGAGAGUGAUGUGUGUGUCUGAGGGUGAUGUGUGUGUGUCUGAGGGUGCUGUGUGUGUGUCUGAGGGUGAUGCGUGUGUAUGAGGGUGCUGUGUGUAUGAGGGUGCCAUGUGUCUGAGGGUGAUGUGUAUGUGUCUGAGGGUGCUGUGUGUGAGGAUGCUGUGUGUGUGUAAGGGGGUGCUAGGAGUGUCUGAGUGUACUGUGAGUGAAUGUCUGAUAAAAUAUAUAUCUUUUUUUUAAAUUUUAUUUAAAAAAAAAAAAUGUUAUAUCCCCCCCUCCCUUCUUACCUUUAGCCUGGGAGGGGGAGAAGCCGUGAUGCCAUGGAGGUGAAUGCGGUGCUGCCUUCCCUGGUGGUCCAGUGGUGAGAGUGAAAUCUAGCCUGCAGGGCUAACUGCGGCAACGCUCAGAAUCCCGCGAGAGGAACCCGGUGUAGCUGCUGGCCUGAGCUCCACCAGGUUUUCUCUCCUCUCCCUCCCCAGCCAGCGGCAGUGUUACAGUGCCUGUGAGUCUCCCCUGCCGGCCUCAGCCCACGGCCAUCGCGGCGCACCGUGCAUUUGCCGGUAUGCCCGAUAGCCAGUCCGGGCCUGGUGCCAAGUAAGUUUAAUAAAGGCCUUUAGGGACCGAAACGUUACCAACUUACUUGGCUCCUUAAUUAAAGGAUCACACACUUUCAACAGUUAUUCUGGACAAUUUGCUUUUUAUUGAUUUAGUGGUGCUCUGAAACCAUACUUAGGAUUUGUAUGGACAAAGCAAAGGGCUAAAGUCACAUUUUUAUUAAAAAGUUCCUGCUGUAACCACAUCCUUCGAAAUAUUGCUUCUUCUCUGUGUCACCAAAAUCUGGUUAUUACAGGCCCGAAUAAUAAUUGGUGAUAUGUAUACAUAAGUUAAUAUAAGUUUAGAUAUUUUCAAUUCCAUGCCAAGUAGAUGGUAGAUGUUGUAGGUCAGUCUUAAAGCAUUGACUUCCAAAUUUCAUAUGUAGUUGCCUAUCAGUAUGCACUGUGCUUGCUGAGAAAGUUUUUCGACAGGCACAGCAUUACACUUUUGGGCAGGUACGGUGCUAAGUUACACGUGAGGCUUGAGGCAAAGGAAAAUCUGUUGGACUCUACAGAGACAUUUACCCUCCUCUCUACCCAUGGAUAGCGUGCUGCUGAUUCUCUCUGGGAACUCAAUGAAAGCCAGAAAGAAGCACAUGCUGCACAGCCAGGUGUUCAAUGCGACCUUGCCAUGCUACCUAACUAAUAGAAGGACAUGGAACACCUCUCCCCAGCACACCCUCCACAUAGUCAUCUGAGGGGCAUCCACUCCAUACACCAUCACCAUAGUAGCCUGGUGGCGCACUAGACUACUCAUCUUUCUUUUUGUAGGAGGUGGGCGCUUUGAGAAGCAGCUGAAUGAUGUCAAGUAGAACAGAAAAAUAUCCUCUUCACUCCACCACAAACUGUAGAGAUCUGGGCUGCAGAAUCCGGCAUCCAGGAUUUUAGCUCCCAUAGCCCCCAAUCAGCAACUCCUAUGCUGUUGGGAGUCCAGAAUGAAAACUAUCAAAGUGGAUAAUAAAACAUUGAAAAUCACCUAUAACCUGUUGUUUUUCUAUUAAAUGUCUCUUAAAUAAUUAGCAAAUUGCACCAGAAUCCAGUUCAAUCCAGACACAGCCAGAACAUACAUUACCAAUGAGGAGGAGAAAAAUAAAUAUUUGGUUAUAUUUUAUUUCUUCUCCCUCUGCUUUCUCUUGGGUGACAGCUUGUGCACAGGGCAGAGCAUAUAACAACGAAGACAGGACCAACGUUGCAGGAUAAACCAGUGUAGUUUUCUACAUUUAAUUUUAUUUUUCACAGCUCAAAAAUACAUAUGCUGUAAGGAUAAGUAAAUAUAAUAUUAACAUUUCUGGGAAAGGACAGUUUUCCUUUAAGAGGGGACCAGGGAAUAAUAAGAGGGAAUAAGAGAGACCUGCAGCAGACUAUUCCAGCAUUUCAGAGUGACAUGAAUUUUAUUUUUUCUAUUUACAGGCUGGAUGAAGAAAUUCAUAAACGAGAAGAUGCCGAGAAUAAUCUUGUCCUGUUCCGCAAGGUGGGUCCCAACUCUUGGCUGUACUUUUGGAUUCAUUAUGAACUAUCAGGGUUAUUCACUAAAAUGAAAAUUGUCAGGAACUGGAAUUUCCAAUUUAAGGCCAGUGUAAAUAAACUGGAAUCAUAACUGACUUGGAGAAGGUUUCCAGAUCGGCUCUUUUUGCCCUAAAUUUGAAAUUCCACAAUUCUCACUUUAAAAAAUAACUUUGAAUGCGAUAAAUAUAUAUAUUUAUACAUUUGAAAGAGUAUCCCUUGCGUCAUUAGAUACAUUUGAGAUACAAUGUAUAGGUUGUUUUACAGUUAAUUAUACUGGGUAUUUAUGUUUUAUUAAUGUUCUUUAUUUUGUAUACUUGCUGCAUAGGUCCAUGCCUUCUACUCCUCCCUCCAACAAUCUUACAGUGAGACCAUUCAUGUAGGCAGUGUGGCAGUUCUCUAUUUCUCUACAUAGUACAUACACAUUCUUUUAGGUAGGAAGCUGUACUUACUGUAUAUUGGCAUUAUGCCCACAGACAUUAUAUUUCCAUCACACAUUAAAUAUUCGGUCAGGUUUAACCAUAUUUUUAACAUCUACCUUAUGAGGCAAAAUCCCAUUUAUGCUUUUAUGCUAAUAUUUCAGAAUCAAUCUGCAAUAUGAGUAUUGAAAGAAAAGUGAAAAAAUUAGGCCAAAAUAAGGAAGCUGGAAAAAUGCUCAAAUUCAGCUAGCUUUUCAACUUUACCAUUUACACACAAAUGAUACAUUUUGGGUGAAAGUUUACCAUAUUUACUGGUUUGAUAAAUAAAUCAAUGCUAGACACAUUGCAUUUGUAUUCAUGCAUAAUGGGGUCUGUGUCUCAGGGGCCUAUUUACUAAACAUUGAAUUGUGCACUGGAAAUUAAAUGGCAAAUUUUAGGUUACAAUAACCUACAUAUGGCAAUAGCUGAGUUGAAGAAUUUUUGUACAUAUUUUUUUCUUGCUUAAAUUUUGCAAUUCAGUUUUAAUUUCACUUUACUUUGCUGUUUAGUGAACAAGCCACUAAUAAUUUGAAUAAAGCAUUUGAAUUCUUGCUUCCUUCCUUUACAUAUUGAAUUUAUCUCCUUACGAUCAUUAAAACGUCUAUUUACAUUGAUUUACCAUAAAGAAAAUCAGCUUCCCAUACUAGGUUUCUCUAUUCAAAUGUUUGAUUCAUUGUCAUCCAUUAACUACAAGAUACUAGUAAUCAAUCUACUUCUCAUAAUCUAUUUUUACUAUAGUGGUUAUGCAUUUUACAACUCUUGCAGGCAAAGUUUUAUAAUGUUGGUCAAUUAAUCAAAUAACAGUUCUCCAGGCUUUGCAUCUCUAAAAAUUUUAUGAGAUCCAAUUAAUGGCUGUUUUGAAAAGCAUCUUAUUUAUGGUGAUAUUUAGAUGUUAAAAUCUACAAGUAUCUUACUUGCUGUAUUUGGUUACAAAUGUUCAGUUCAGUUCUGUUUUCAGAGGCCACCUCCAUUUACAAUUCAGCAGACAUCACGGAGAAAUAAAGGACAACAGUCAUUACAUAAAUUAACCCAUUCAUCAAGUCCUGAAAGGAAAUCAUUUUUUAUUUUAAAUAAAGUAUUUGUAAAAAAAAUAGAGAAACCCAUCACUAUCUUUAGUAUAUGACAAGAUACAUCAGAAAUAUACAUUCAGUCAUGCACCUUUCUUCAGACAGUGUUUGAAGAAGGACAAUUAGUCUCUAUGGUCUUCCCUGCUGCACUCUCUGCACCAAUGCUGGGAAGACCAUAGAGACUAAAUGUCGGUUAUCAAACACUGUCCAAUCCAAGGUGAAUGUAUGUUUCUGAUGGAUCUUGUCAUAUACUAAAGAUAGUGAUGAAUAAUCUCUUUUUCUGUUUUUGAAUCUUUUUUACUUUGAAAACUUGAUGAAAGGAUUAUUAUAUAAAAAAGGUUGGCACAUUCUAGGGCCCAGACAUCUCAAAACUCUUGCCCCAGAUGUUGCUAAACUACUCCUCUCCAUCUAUUGUAUUCAUAGAAUUGUAAACUAUCACCAUCUGGUACUCCAGAAAUUCAGAUCCCUGUGUCUAGACACUAUAACAAUUUCAUCUCCCUAAAUUCAAUGUAAAAAAUGUUUUUAAACUGUUUAACAUGACGUCCCUGGCCACCCACAGCCGAGCUUUCAGUGGAUGUUUGACUAAGGCAGAGAUUACACGCUUCCUGAGGUUUACCAAGUUAUACCAACAAUGGGUGGUUGCUCCAGGCAGAGAACAGUCAACUGACAUCUCAGUCAAAUACCUCAAUUCAUUGCUGCUUGGGUUGGUCUUAUGCUUCCUUAGAAUGAACAGCACAAAAAAGAUGGGAUGCCGAAAGGGGUGGACUGGGCUGGGAAAGGGGGCAGGGUGACAAAUGCUCCAUGCCCCUCUAGAUAGAAUGGCUCACUACCUCCACCAAAUCAUAUGUCACUCCACAAUAAAAGCAGUACUGUGUGAUUUGGCAGAGGAGGUGUGGCUGUGAGUGGGAAAGAGAAGGAGCUGCAUUAUGACCACGUAGGGAGCUGCCAUCUGCCUGAGUUGCCCGAUGGCAUUUGCCCUGAGUUGCUUAGAGACAUACUUUGCUAUGUGCAGUGGAAGUUGGCCUGCUGAGCUGCCCAGUACAUGGAUGCGCCCUCUUCUGGGGUUCCGCUUUCCAUCCUGUCCUUGGAAUGCUGCCUGUCCCUAAGAGGAGUAGGGCACUUGGUGGGAUUUUUUCCUGUGGGAGGGGUAAUGGGGUUUCCUGACCUCUUGUGUUCUGGACCCCCUUCAGACAUCUAAAGUAGACAGAGCUGCCAUUACAAAUCGUGGGUCCCUUAGAAUUCUUGCAGGGCUUUCUGACAUAUACUCUUAGACAUUUUCACAGAUAUAACCUCUCAGGAACGUGCACUUUCCCUGACAUAUCCACACAUUCUUAGCUAAACAUACACAUUACCAGUCUGUUGGCACGGAAUAGGGAAUUACAAAGGUACUGGGCAACUGUUAAAACUCCUGCAGACAGAGUGGAAUGUCAGGAGAUGGUCGUUUGCAGAGUAAAGGGAAUGAAAAGGAGUGUAUUUGUAGAGUAAAGAGGAAAUGUAGUGAUGUGAAGUUAGUGAGGGCUUUUAGGUUGGUGUUAGCGGUUUGAAUUGAAGGCUACAGGAAGCCAAUGUAAUGAUUGACAAAGGGUUAACUUGUGGGAGUAACGGUCAAGGCCGGAUUAACAUAGGGGCUGAUGGAGCUGCAGCUCCAGGCCCAGACCCAGGCCCAGGCCCAGGCCCAUGGCAGUAAUACCGGCAAUACAAAUGUCUGUCUGAGUAUAAACAGAUUAUUCUGCAAUACCAGCGUCGGCCAGUAGGGGUCGCUGUUUGUGUGGAGAAAGGCAGGGAUAAGGAAUUACAGUAUCUACCUCCCUGCCUCUCACUACUCACUGAUCCGCGGGGGAGCAGCUCUGCACAGAGUCCAGACAGCAGCUCCAUCCUGCGAGACAUGGGGACGGUAAGAGACUUGGGGAUGCUGAGACAUUGGGACACUGGGUGACAUGGGGGCACUGAGACACUAGGGGACACUGAGAGACAUGGAGACACUGGGGGACACAGGGAGAUAUGGGGACACUUGGCAACUUUGAGACCUGGGAGACAUGGGGCCCUCCAAGUGUCCCCAUGUCUCCCCGCCAGUGUCCCUAGUAUCUCAGUAUCCCCAUGUCUCCCAGUGUCCCAAUGUCUCCCAGUGUCUCAGUGUCCCCUAGUAUAAAAGAAAAAAAUCGCAGGUACUCACUGAUAGAUUUAAGCAGGUUUAUUGGACACCACAAUGUUUCAACAUGCACCUAGGUCUUUAUCAAGUCUCCAGUGCCCCUUAUGUAUCAGAGUGUCUCAGUGCCCCAUAUCUCACAGUGUCCAUGGUGUCUCUCAGUGUCCGUAGUGUAUCAGUGUCCUUAGUGUCUCAGUGUCCCUUAGUCUCUCAGAAUCCUCUAGUCUCCCAGUGUCCCCAUGUCUCCCAGUGCCCCCAAGUGUCUCAAUGACCCCUAGGAUAAAAGAGAAAAUCUCAGGCACUCACUGUGAUAGAUUUAAGCAGGUUUAUUGGACACCACAAUGUUUCGACCUGUACCCAGGUCUUUAUCAAGUCUCCAGUGUCCCCUAUGUAUCACAGUGUCCCUUAUGUAUCAGAGUGUCUCGGUGCCCCAUGUCUCCCAGUGUCCCUGAUGUCUCUCAGUGUUCGUAGUGUCUCAGUGUUCGUAGUGUCUCAGUGUCCUUAGUGUCUCAGUGUCUCCUUGUCUCUCAGAAUCCUCUAGUCUCCCAGUGUCCCCAUGUCUCACAGGGCCCCCAAGUGUCUCAGUGUCCCCUAGUAUAAAAGAAAAAAAUCUCAGGCACUCACUGUGAUAAAUUUAAGCAGGUUUAUUGGACACCGCAACAUUUUGACCUGUACCCAGGUCAAAACCAAGUCUCCAGUGUCCCCUAUAUAUCACAGUGUCCCCUAUGCAUCACAGUGUCUCAGUGCUUCAUAUCUCCCAGUGCCCCCUCAUGUCUCAAAGUCACCCAGUGUCCCCAUGUCUCCCAGUGUUCCCUAGAAUCUCAGUAUCCCCAUGUCUCCCAGUGUCCCAAUGUCUCUCAAUGUCCCCUAGUGUCCUAGUGACAUGGGAACACUGGGAGACAUGGGGACACAGACACUAUGGGACUGGGAGACAUAGGGACAUAGACAUGCCCCCUUUUUGUGUAUGUUCACCCCUUUCGGCAGUUCUGGUUAUGUGAUUUGUGUGAGUGGCCCACUCUUUUACCCCAUCCAUAGACUUUCUGCUUUACUGGACACUGCUGUUAGGGGGUAUGGGUUUGCUUGAAAGAUGAAAGCGUGAGAUUAGCAUAGGGUAUGUGUUUUCUCAUAGCUGCAUCCUAUGAGUUUCCCUCCAGCACCAUCUCCAUCAGACAUAUGACGCUUAGGAGGUAGGACUGUUUUAGUGUUUUUGGUCAAUAAGAUUUUGUAAUUAGGCCCAUCAUAAUUGUCAGCACCAGGCCCACUGGGCUCUUAAUCUGGCCCUGUUAAUGGUCAGUAAGGAAGGUGAGCCUGGUGGCAGCAUUUAUUACAGACUGAAGAGGGGCAAUUCAGUUAUUUGGAACGACCGAUAAGUAGUGAGUUGUAAUAUUUGAAAUGAAAAUCGGGAAAUGAUGAGUGCAUGAACAAGUGUCUUAGUUGUAUUAUGAGUUAGAAAAUGCAAACAAGGCAAUUUUUUUGAGGUGGAAGUUAAGGAUUUGGAGACAGACUUAAUGUUAGUCGAAAGUAGCUCCAAAGCAACAUGCGUGUGGGAUUGGGGUAAUUGGUGUCCAAUGUGCAGUAAGAUAGCUAGAGGAGGAGGAUUAGAAGAAGGAAAGAUUAUGUUUUAUAUAAUGGGAAGAGAUCUAGUUGGAGAUGCAGUUUGUGACAUGUUCUACAAGAGAGGUCAGGGGAGAAUAGGUAAAUCUGAGAAUUGUCAGCAUAUACAUGGUAUUGAAAUCCAAAGGAGUUAAUAGUGCAAAUGGAGAGUAAUAGUGGACCAAGAAAAGAGCCUUGGGGAACACCAACUGAGACAGGCAGCAGGGAUGAGGUGCCACCAGAGAAGGAGACACUAAAUGAGCGAACAGAAACAUAGGAUGAAAACCAGUGAAGUACAGUGUAACAGAGUACAAGGUUGUGGAAGGUUUGAAGAAGUAGGGAGUGGUCAACAUUAUCAAAGACAGCAGAGAAGUCGAGGAGAGUUGAGAGAAAGUAAUGACGUUUUGCAGUGAAGGAACAGAGUGGAAGUAAAUAUUGGAGGGAAGGAGGAAAGAAAGGAGAUUGCAUUCUUAGUUUGGUUAAUAUCGGACAAUUUAUAAUAAUAAAAAAACAAAAAACUACCAGCUCUACAGCACAGAUACUGUACAAUUGAAUUGUAAAACAAUUUAAACAGGGCCUUCCCCAUAAUUAUCCCUGUUACUUUAACUUGUUUGUCAUAUCAUUUCUUUGAUUUGGUUGUGUUCCGAAUGUACAGCUCUGCAGAAUAUGUUGGUGGUACUUAAAUAUCCAGAUGAUCUCUAAGAGCAGAGCUAAAAAUGUCCCUCUGUGUUUGAAAAGUAAAAAGUAAAAUGUUAUACUUUUUUGUAUUAUUGGCAUGAACUAGUAUAUUUUCCUCAUCUUAUUGAUUAUCUUUCUCAGCCUCAUCUAGCAUCACAUUACCCUUUGGGAGAGCAAUGUGAUGACUAUAUUUAACUGUAUCUCAAUCUCUCACAGGAUGUGGAUGACGCCACACUGUCACGUCUAGAACUGGAGCGGAAGAUUGAGUCUUUGAUGGAUGAAAUUGAAUUUCUGAAGAAGCUUCAUGAUGAAGUAAGACGUGCAUUAGUUAAAUGAAAUAUAGACAACCAGUACAAGAUUUUUUAAAUGACAUGUCACCUUGUCACCUAAGUCUAGGCACUGAAGGCGGUGUCAUACUGUAUAUUGCGGACUAUGAUGUUUGAAACAAACCAUUCUGUUAUCAUAAUACUGAAAUUGAUAUUUUAAUGACCAAUAUUUCAUGCUGUUCAAGGACAGAUUUACCCACUCUGCUGCCCCAACGCCAGAUUUCUCAAUGCGCCCAAACCAGCCCGUAUUAUAUAUAUAUGAAGCCUGGUGUGUGAUUGGAUGGAUGUGAGUACUUUAGGGUAUAACUCUAUGGUGUCUAUGUGGAUGGUUGGAUUGCAAGGUAGGUUGGGUUAGGUCACAUGUUAUGUGGCUUUGUGUAUGAAUGUGACAGGGUGAGUGGGUUUGACUGGGAGGUAAGACGGGACUAUCUGACUGGAUGAAUAGGGAAUAUGAUUAGUUCAGAAUAUAGUUGGGUGGCUGGAUGGCAAUGUGUAUGUAAGAGCAUAUUUGUGUGGAGUGUUAGUGAGUGUAUGUGAAUGAUGGGUGCAUUUGUGUAUAGUGCUAGUGUGUAAAUUUAUUAGUGUGUUUUUAUAGAGUGCCAGUGUGUGCAUGCAUGAGCAUAUUUGUGUGAUGUUUUAAUGUGCAUAUGUGGGUAUUUAGUGUGCUUGUAUAGGUGUGUUGUGCACUGUGUUUACAAUUCCCAUCUGUCCAUCUUUAUCUCUCCAUGCUCCUUUGUUAAUUUAUCUCCCCUUCACAUGUGUUCUUCAACUCUCCCCAAUUAUGCCCUUCUACCCAUACCCCCUCUUUCUCUGAUUGUUCCCUCUUGUUCUUGUUUCCCUCUUGACUUACUUGUUCCCCGCUUCUCUUCCCCAUCCGUCACUUCUUCCUCUUUUCUUUUCCCAUCCCUCUCUUUUUCCCAUCUUCUUGCCUUCAUUUCUUACUUGUUCCCCUCCCCAUUGUCUCCAUCACUCACUUGAACCCUUUUUCUCUUCUCCUUAAAUCACCUAUUCCAUUCCGCUUCACACAAUUGUUCUCUCCGCAUCACCGGUUCUGCAGAGCCCCCAUUGUUGGCUAAAUUGAACAUUCAACAUUGAUACAGAAUCUCUAAAGUUUAGAUUGUUUUCAUAUAAUUAUGUGGUAUCUGGUUGUUAAGGGGUUAAACACAACACACAUAAAAAAAAACAUCGUAUCUGCUCAGAGUUUAGUCAUACUCACAAAUACAUCUGGAAAGAUGGAAACUGAAUGUAGUUACAUGUAUCCUGCAGCGAAAAGUGUUAGCACAAUUACCUUUAUUUAUUUAUUUCCUGUUUUGGCUAAUGACAUACAGCAGCUGGAUAAUACAAUGUGCAAACCAGCAAUAAGCAGCAAAAUGGUCACAUGUUCCAAAAUAUGGUUCUAGAGGGCAAAUAUUACUUUACAUGAUAGCCUAUGCUGUGCCAAGUCAUUAACUUCCAAGAUAUUACUCAGGAUCAGUGCGUGUCAUGCAAUGCAUCCAAAGUUAUAUUAGGCAGCGUACCCAAAUAUUCUCACUCAGCCUCCAAGAUGCCAUACACAUUCCUAUCAAUGCUAUACUCUGCAGUAGAUGUGCUAAUGCAUGAGAUCCAUCUGCUUAUUUUCAUGGGUCUGGGAUUGGGAUUUGACAUGAUAUGCACUGUGAAAUAACAUUAAGCUUUUGCACGGCUUGUAAUUAAAGGAGCUUCAGGAUGUCCAAGUGACCGCACAGACUCAGUCCAUUCAUUUGGAGAUCGAGGCAACCAAGCAGCCAGACCUGACAUCUGCACUGAAAGACAUCCGCAGCCAGUAUGAGAACAUUGCAGCAAAGAACCUACAGGAGUCCGAGGAAUGGUAUAAAUCCAAGGUACUAAGACCAGCAGAGGCUUCUCAUAGCCAGAUAGCACACUGCUACUAAGACAAAGACCAAAAGAGAUGUUUUUGUUAUUUGUUUGUCCUUUCUAAUAUUUAUAAUGGGAUUUAUACAUUAAGCAGAGAAUGUGGAUCCUCCCUUGUGUUACAGUUUAGAGAUACGAAGGACUAUGUGUUGAAUGUGCAUUACAGUUUUCAAAUUCCUACGAGGGAUUAGUAAAACCAACUCUCACUCAAAGGAGUCUAUACGUAUGGAGAUGGUAGACUGGCCUUUUACAUUCUUUUCCUUAAAGGACCACUAUAGGCACCCAGACCACUUCAGCUUAGUGAAUUGGUCUGGGUGCCAGGUCCAGCUAGGGUUAACCCUUUUUUCUAUAAACAUAGCAGUUUCAGAGAAACUGCUAUGUUUAUAAUAGGGUUAAUCCAGCCUCUAGUGGCUGUCUCAUUGACAGCCGCUAGAGGCGCUUCUACGCUUCUCACUGUGAAUUUCACAGUGAGAAGACGCCAGCGUCCAUAGGAAAGCAUUGAGGGCACCCUCAGGGCACUAUAGUGCCAGGAAAACGAGUAUGGUUUCCUGGCACUAUAGUGGUCCUUUAAGUUAAAAAAGUUCCGUUGAAGGAAAAAAUCUUGAAUGAAAAUAGCUGUAACAAUAAAAAAUUGUUUAUGUUUAUUAAUUCACCAUAUAAAGCAUAUAACCUUCCAAGUACUUCAUUACUGACAUAAUAGAUACAGCAACAAGCAAUUUACUGUCUUAUUAAUAAUAUUGAAUUAGUCUUAAUUAUUUCCUAUCUGCAUAUAGUUUGCUGACCUGUCAGAUGCUGCAAGUCGGAAUAAUGAGGCACUGCGUCAAGCCAAACAGGAGAUGAAUGAAUCUCGCCGCCAGAUCCAGAGUAUGACCUGUGAAAUUGAUGGACUGAAGGGAACAGUACGUAAUUCCUUUAAACCAUAUAGUCCUUAUUCUUCGCAUGUAGGAAUCAAGAUCUGUGGAGUUUACUAAAUACAACAAAAUACAAAAAGUAAAUUAGAGCUUGUACUAAUUCUCAAUUUUUCAGUUAUUAAUCUCGAUGUUUGAUAUCAAUCACUUUUUAAAGACCUUGUUAAACUAAAAAUGAUGAUGGUGUUCAAAUUAUUCAGCAUAUGCUUUACUUAUUGUUGUGAUUUGUCACAUUGUUUUUAUUUUACAAUAUUUUAUUUCUAAUUCCUCUAUUAUUCUCCAUUAUUUGUCAAUAAAAAUGUAAUUGUAUAAACUGGAGAAAUGUAGAUCAAUACAUAGAAAUGUGUAACAUAUGAUUUUAAAUGGACUUAAAGGGUUACUCCCGGCACCAUGACCACUUCACUGAUUUUAAGUGGUCAUUGUACUUAGAGUAUGUAUGUGUAGCAUUUCAAAUAUUCACACAGAUAUAUUUAACAAUGCUGCCAGAGUUGCAACUCCAUCCCCCGCACCAUCAUUAGUAUGUCAUUAGCCACCUGGGACAGGAUUUUCAGGCCGACUGGUGUUGAUUUUGUGCACAUUCUAUGAGCAGAGUGCCAUUCAUUGGCUGAGAGUUCCCAGUUGACGCUCUGAGCAAAUGAAUGCGCGUCAGGGUUGGCAUCAGAUCUGCAGAAGCCUGAAUGUGCAUCACUGGCUAUUCUAGAAGCCCCAGUGCCCGCCGGUACCCAGGAAUGUCAUUACAAUGGAACAGCGCUAGGUUAUGGCCUGGGAUCAUAACCACUACAGCAAGCUUUAUUAUAAAAAAAAUAUAGUAAAUCUUGGCCUUAUCAGUUUCAGUUUUUAGAUAUAAUUCAGAAUCAUCUAAUUAUAACAUGCUGUUUUUAUUUAAAUAUUCUGACGUGCUAUUCUCAUAAAUCCUUUUUUUUUGGUUCUGCUAACCAGAAUGAUGCUCUGCUGCGUCAGUUGAAAAAUAUGGAGGAGCAGUUUGGAGUUGAGGCAGCUAACUACCAGGACACGAUUGGCCGCCUUGAACAGGAAGUACAGCAUAUGAAAGAAGAAAUGUCGCGCCAUCUAAGGGAGUACCAAGACCUGCUUAAUGUGAAGAUGGCGUUAGAUAUUGAGAUUGCAACAUACAGGAAACUCUUGGAGGGAGAGGAGAGCAGGUGAGCUGGAAAAGGGAUGUUAGCUUUUGCACAUGAAUCUUAGUACAGAGUGAGGAAGCAUUUCAUCAAGCAGAUAGCAUCUCAUGUGAUUACCAUAAAGAACAGUUUUAAUUAAGAACUGGCAGGCAUUUGAAGGUUGCAACAGGUAGGUUAUACCUAUAUGCAGCUAGACACAGAUAUAAUGUGUAUUAUCUUUACACAUUAUAUAACAGUUUGCAGCAUGAGAGGCUCUUGUACCACUGUUUAAGAACUACUGCUGAUAUCCCUGGGUGAAUACAACCCGAAUAAUUCCUUGGUUUAAGGACCAGCACUGUCGAAGAUUUUUUAAAGGAUAUGUGCAUUUUCUUUGGUGGUAUAACAGGUAGGGGAGGCACAUUUUGAUAUUUUUUCUUUGUUGUAUUGAGUAUGUAGAAACAUUUCAUAGAUUCAUCUUUUUCUCUUUUUUGAGAUUCUGAACUCAAAUCCCCAGGAAAAGGAACACACAGAUCAAUAAUAAUCUAGCUACCCAAUAUUGAGUAAAGAGCAAUUAUCUCUUAUCUAUUUCUUCUCAUAGGAAACUAUGCUUCCACAAGCAUGAUACAAGCAGCCGAAGCUAUGAUUAAAAUGAUUGUCACAAUUCUUAGUUAAGCAUAUCAGGGAGAGAGACAAAUGCAUAAGAACACAAACAUAAAUACUUCAGCUUGCUGAAAAGCUUCAUGUGUCUGGAGCCUGUCACAUUUGAGACAGUUUAUAAAAGUGCAGAUUUCAUUAGAUAUAUAAUUGGGGGGCAGAAACACAUCCCGUGCUAAAGGGACGGGAGGGCUUGCAAAGGUUGCAGACAAGAGAUUCAAUGAAAAUAUACAUAAAUAAAUGCAUGCAUCCAACUUCUUGGUUUAAAGACUCUUCCUUUAUGCCAUGUAAGUAAAUUUGGUAUUUUAUAAUUGUUUCAUGUCCAUUUCAGGAUUGCUGUCCCAAUCCAUACAAUGUCAAGUCUUAGUAUUAAAAGCCCAGGUGAGUAACUGUACAGUUUAUUGCAGAAGCAAUAACAUCACAUUUACAGGUUUAAAUAUUUUAAAUAUGAUCACAUAUAAAUUAAGGACUCCAUUUAGGUUUAAAAAAAAACAUUAGACAGAAACACUGAUUUACCUGUGACCCUACAUCAAAAAGAAUAUGAUUAUUAAAUGCAAAGAUUGCAUCUUACUUAUCACUUUUAUGUGUAUAAUUUCAUGAUAUCCACAGAUAUGGUCAAUGUGUGCAUACAUUAUGCUUUACAAAUUAUUAUAAAGUAGUUUUGUCAUUAAUGUUUUUGGCCUUAUCUUAUUAUUUUUGACUUCUUAUUAUCAUAUUCUAUUUGAUAUCUCAUUAUCCUUAGCUUUUUAUAUUUACUUCCUCAGAUGCUAGGUCUUGUUUAUUUUUAGCCCCCAUUCUCAUUUUCUCUAUAUUCCAUUAGUUUUCUUAUGUUGGUAUUGUCUUUCUCUGAGUACCUUUCUCUACUUUAAAAUUAUAAACAUUCACAAUCUUACCUUUACAUUUUUAGGUUAUCACUCUAUACCGGAACAUGAUCAGAGUUCAGAGGUUCAUACCAGAAAAACUGUUGUAAUAAAAACAAUUGAGACCCGAGAUGGGGAGGUAAGUCAUAGUGUAUAUGAAUGUAUCACACUGUAAAUUAUAGGACCACUCUAGGCACCCAGACCACUUCAGCUUAAUGAAGUGGUCUGGGUGCCAGGUCCUUCUAGGGUUAACCCAUUAUUUUAUAAACAUAGCAGUUUCAGAGAAACUGCUAUGUUUAUGAAUGGGUUAAGCCUUCCCCCAAUUCCUCUAGUGGCUGUCUCAUUGACAGCCGCUAGAGGCGCUUGCGUGCUUCUCACUGUGAAAAUCACAGUGAGAGCACGCAAGCAUCCAUAGGAAAGUAUUGAUAAUGCUUUUCUAUGCGACCGGCUGAAUGCGCGCGCAGCUCUUGCCGCGCGUGCGCAUUCAGCUGACGGGGAGGAGAGGAGGAGGAUCGGAGGAGGAGAGCUCUUCGCCCAGCGCUGGAAAAAGGUACGUUUUUAACCCUUUCCCCCUUCCAGAGCCGGGUAGGAGGGGGUCCCUGAGGGUGGGGGCACCCUCAGGGCACUAUAGUACAAGGAAAACGAGUAUGUUUUCCUGGCACUAUUGUGGUCCUUUAAGGUAAUUUUACUUAUUAGAAUAGUUUAUUACACUUCUGUGGAGGUUAUAAUUUCUGUGUGCUGAAAUACCGUAUAUACUCGAGUAUAAGUCAACCCGAAUAUUAGUCGAGGCCCCUAAUUCUACCCCCAAAAACUCGGAAAACGUAUUGACUCGAGUAUAAGACUAGGGUGGGAAAUACAGCAGCUACUGGUAAAUUUCUAAAUAAAACUAGAUCCCCCAAAAAUUAUAUUAAUUAAAUAUUUAUUUACAGUGUGUGUAUAUAAUGAAUGCAGUGUGUGUGUGUGUGUGUGUAUAUAAUGCAGUGUGUGUGUGUGUGUAUGAAUGCAGUGUGUGUGUGUAUGAAUGCAGUGUGUAUGAAUUCAGUGUGUGUGUAUGAAUGCAGUGUGUGUGUAUAUAAUGCAGUGUGUGUAUGAAUGCAGUGUGUGUAUAUAAUGCAGUGUGUGUGUGUGUGUAUAUAAUGCAGUGUGUGUGUAUAUAAUACAGUGUGUGUGUGUAUUAAUGCAGUGUGUGUAUAUAAUGCAGUGUGUGUAUGAAUGCAGUGUGUGUGUGUGUGUGUGUGUGUAUGAAUGCAGUGUCUGUAACCAUGGUGGGGGGUGGGCAUUUUUAUUAUUCAUUUUUUUAUUAUUAUUUUAAUAUUACAUUUUAUUUUAAUAUUAUUAAAUUUUUAUUUUAUUUUAAUAUUAUUAAAAAUGUGAUAUUAUUUUUUUCGUCCCCCCUCCCUGCUUGUUAGCUGGCCAGGGAGGGGGGCUAUAUUAUUCCCUGGUGGUCCAGUGGAUGGGCUGUGUAGGAGGGGGACUGGCAGCAAGCUGUAACUUACCUUUACAGCAUCUCCUGUCAGCUCCACUGUAAGUCUCAUGGUCUGUGUGCCACGUGGAGCAACGCUCUGAUGCCUCGGCUCUCACGAGACUUACACUGAAACUGACCGGAACGGAGGAGAAGGGAGCUGACAGGAGCUGCUGUAAAGGUAAGUAACAGCUCGCUGCCAGCCCCCAACAGGAGCGCCGGGCUUGUAAUGAGCCCGGCGGUCCUGGUCUUUAUUAUGGCCAUAAUACAGACAUUGACUCGAGUAUAAGACGAGUGGGGGUUUUUCAGCACAAAAAAUGUGCUGAAAAACUUGUCUUAUACUCGAGUAUAUACAGUACAUAAGGGGAUGCCCCCUACCCCCAAUAGUUGAUUUCAGGGUUCUGUCCUGCCAUCCCAAUUUUGCACCCUGGUAUUCCUCAUCUGGGGAUACCAGGGAACUGUACUCGGACACCACAGUGUUCGUACUCUGAUCAGGCACUAGGACCCUGCAGAGUUCAGCAGUGCUCUCUGCAUGAUCCUGUAAGUUGGGGGCCAGCCAUAAGGACCCUUUCAGUAGGCAGACCGCCCAUCCGAUCACAUACCUCCAAAUGGAGUAUGUAAGGUUUCUGAACCAAAACAAAGUCUUCUCUAACAUGAGUGGGUGUAAGUUUUGUAGGAUAUUUCCUUCUAAUUCAAACAUUGGGUGAUGUCAGUGCAAACAGCCUGAGAUUAGGCAUAUGGAAAGAUAUUAAGAUUCAGUGUUCUAUUUUCAGUGAAUAAAUAAAGUUUAGCAAGUGUCAUUGAUGGAUUAUAACACUAGUUCCAACAUUUCUUUUUAACGCAAUUAACAACGGGAGGCCUCUCUACCAUAAGCUUGUAGGAGCACUUUGAAACUCCUAUUUAAGUUAAUAUGAUCAAAUAUAUAGCUGAAGACAGACAUCACCUAUGAUGUCCACGUCUUAGUAUAUCUACAUGUUUUUGUUGUUGUUAAGGAAUCGCAUCGAUCUAUUGACUAAGAUGUGUAUGUAAUAGUAAUGGUGUUUAAUCAUUUAAUUGAAUUUUGUUGUUUGUAGCAGGUUGUCACAGAAUCCAGGAAGGAGAAGUCAUCUGAAGGAGAGAAGUGAUGAUGUACUUGGCGACACACAAUGCAUUUAUUAUAAUAAUCCAUUCAUGAAGACAUGAAGCAGCCGGGGCUAUCUAAUUGAGUGAUUCUGAGGUUUAUCUCUUCAACAGAGUAUUUUCAAGGUUUUUUCACUUGUUUGUUCACUUAUUUACAGUAACCUCAACUCAUACAUUUACAAGUGGUUAUUGGUACUUUAUUUUGUAUUAUUGUAAUAAUUUCUUAAUGCAUAUUUUUACAGUGCAUAUUAAAAAAAAGCUUUGGUUUUACAUAAGCAUUCUUAACAUUAUUCUUCCACUGUACCAACAGAUAAGCUCUCUAGAAACAUUUAAAUAUGCCAUUUCUAAUGUCCAGGCAUACACAUUGCCGAGUAAGGGUCAGGUUUGUACAAGCUAAACCAAUAGGUAACCAAGUUAUCCUUAGAUUCAUAAAUUGGGUCAGCUAAGCAUUCCUUGUCAUGGUGAAGAGUGAUGAAGUGUACAAAAACAAAAAAAUAUAUAUAUCAUAUCAACAGCAACAAAUGAACAUCUCACAGUUGCGUAAAAUAUCAUCUAUCUUUUUGUGCACUUUAUAUUGUUACACCAUUAUCCUUAAUGUAUAGAGAUUUUGAGAAAAAACCUGGCUUUAUAUAUAUAUAUAUUUAUCACCGUUCGUAAAUGUUUAUUCAAAUAAUAUGUUGUAGAUGCUAUGAAGAGACCACAAUUUCUCUCAAUUUCAGUAAUACUUAUCUGGGAUGGCCUUCUCUGCUCCACUAGUUAACACAGAUGAAAUUCAAGCUUGCAGGUUGAUUUUGGGCUCUGGCCUUUGCCAAUGAAAGGGAUUGCUUCAAACACAAUACAUCUAAGAAAUGACCUUGGUGCUAUAUGUUCCGUGCCGAUGUGUAUGGGCUGGGAUUCUGCCUUUACGUUUUGUAGCAAUGUGUGUGUGCCAUGUCUGCUUAACCAGCAAUUAAACUAUUUGCAGCAAUUCAAUCAGACUCCAAA